AUGUCUACUGAUCACCGCGAUACCGACCCGGGGGGCAGCGCUGGUCCGUCGGGCCAGAACGGCCAGCCCCGUGAUGGCUCCCGUGUUGAGGAUUGGACAGACGGAGCAACCGACCAGGCGAUCGCCAUCGCGAUCGAGCAGCGAGACAAGGAGAACCCACCGGGGCAGGGCGACUCGAUGUCUGGGAGUCUCAUGACGAACCAUGAUGGAGUGGUACGGCCCAGGAAGCCGGCGCAGCUCGAUGGCGUCGUUCCGCUCGCAGUCAGGCAUGUGGCGGCGGCCGAGCAUGGAUACUCGGAGGACGAGGAUGGAUAUGGCACGUCGUCCCGGUUCCGGAUAGGAUCACGGCGAGGGAGCCGCGCGUGGCGUCGCGAGUCGCAGGAUCAGUUCCGCGACUACCGUAUCCGAGGGAGCGAGGACUAUGGACGGCGCGAGGAUGAGUCGCCCGCCCACUCGCCGCAGAGGACCGGGUCGGUGCUCAACCGCAUCGCGUCCUUCCUGGGUAGGCGUGAGGAAGGCGACGAGGAGAGCCUUCUCCGUCGCCAGAGCACGAUCGACUCGCGCCGCUCGAUUGAGUCGUCUCAGCCGUCCGAGUCGUCGAUGGACUCGUGGGGUUACGGAAAGGGCGAUGACGACGCCGAGAGCUACACCUCGUCGCUCGCCGAUGACACGUCGUUGCCGCCACAGAGCCGACCGCAGUCACCGAACCUUCCCCUGGUCCCUCUGCCCGGCGACGGCAUCUUUGGCGAGUCCACCGCCCACUUCAACGAGGACGAGAUCAAGGAGUUUGAGGAAGGAGUUGACCCGAGCCGCCAGACGAUCCUGCUCCCGGACGAGGACUUGUCGAUCCGUUUCACGGGUUACCGCACCGACCCCGUUCGCAACACGAUCUGGUGGAUCCUGUGCAUCUGCACGCUUGGAAUAUUGGGUCUUGUUGGCCGCUGGUCGCCCAUGCUCUGGGUCCGGUUCUGUGGCAAGGAGACUCCGUUCGAGGACAUGAAGGAGGGCAGCUGGCUCGUUGUUGAGACGCCAUACGGCGACAUCCACAUUGUCCCGAUGGAUGUCAUCGAUUACCCGUACCCGCUGUCGACCGUGUUCCCCGCAGCUGCCGCAGCUUCUGCUGCUGCCUCAGCGCACGCUUCCGCCAACGCUUCGGCUGCCGCGUCGGCGGCCAACUCGAUUCUGAACGGCACGAACGGGCACCACGACGUCGAGCAGGGCAAGAUGACAUGGGAAGAGAAGAGCGGAAAGCUCAGGGUUAUGGAGUAUCGCUACACGCGCUUCGCGCUCGACCCGUUGACUGGACGCUGGGCCAUGAUCCGCGACUGGCGCGACCCGAAGUGGACGUCUGCUCGCCAGGUCGCCCAGGGCCUCGACUCGGAGACGCGUACGCAGCGGAGGACACUUAUGGGCGACAACGUGAUCGAUAUCAAGGGCAAGAGUCUCUUCGGUCUGCUUGUUGACGAGGUCCUGCACCCGUUCUACGUUUUCCAGAUUGCGUCCAUCGCCCUCUGGUCCGUCGAUGAUUAUUACUACUACGCCUUCGCCAUCGCUCUCAUCUCGGCCACCUCGAUUCUGUCGACUCUCAUCGAGACGAAGCGCACGAUCGAGAGGAUGAGGGAAAUGUCGCGCUUCGAGUGCCCCGUGAACGUGCUCAUCGACGGCAAGUGGCAGCGUGUGGACUGCACCGACAUGGUUCCCGGCGACAUUUUCGACGUCUCGGACCCGACGCUGACUGUGUUCCCGUGCGACGCUCUGCUGCUUUCGGGAGACGCCAUUGUCAAUGAGUCAAUGCUGACCGGCGAGUCGGUCCCUGUGUCCAAGGUGCCUGUCAAGGACGAGGCCAUCCGCGCCAUGUCCCGUGAGGCCAAGGCUGGAAGCUCGGACAUUGACGCCGACCUCGCCAAGCACUACCUGUUCAGCGGUACCAAGAUCAUCCGUGUUCGUGCCGGCGCCAAGCCAGUCUGGGCUCCCGCCUCCGACGAGCCCGUCGCGCUCGCCAUGGUCGCCCGCACCGGCUUCAACACGACCAAGGGUGCCCUCGUCCGCUCGAUGCUGUUCCCCAAGCCGCUCGGUUUCAAGUUCUACCGCGAUUCGAUGAACUUUAUCGGUGUGCUCGCCAUGAUUGCUGGCUUCGGAUUUGCCAUUUCCGCAGUCCAGUUCAUCCGCAUUGGUAUCGCCUGGGAGACAAUCCUCGUUCGUGCUCUCGACCUGAUCACGAUUGUUGUCCCGCCUGCUCUUCCCGCGACCCUCACGAUCGGCACGACCUUUGCUAUUGAGCGCCUCCGCAAGUCGGGCAUCUUCUGUAUCUCGCCGAACCGUGUCAAUAUCGGAGGCAAGGUCAACGUUGUGUGCUUUGACAAGACGGGAACUCUGACAGAAGAGGGCCUCGAUGUCCUCGGUGUCCGUACGAUCGACCGCCUCGACCGCCGCUUCUCCGAGCUGCACUCUGAGAUCACCGAUGUGCCGACGACUGGCGGACCGAACGGCCGCACACCGCUGCUGUAUGCGCUCGCGACCUGCCACGCCCUCAAGCUCAUCGACGGCGAGAUGCUCGGUGACCCUGGACAUCAAGAUUCGCGCCGCGUCAAGGGUGGCGGCGGCGCCGAGCGUGUUCAGACUCUUGUCCAGUCCGUCGUCCGCCCUCCUGGCUCAGAGCGCAUGCGCAUGGAGGACGUCGCUCAGCCGCACAAGGGCAAGCAGAGCAACCUCGAGCUCGGUGUUAUCCGUUCCUACGAGUUUGUCUCUGCUCUCCGCCGCAUGACCGUCAUCGUGAAGCGCCUCAAGUCGAGCAGCAUGGAGAUCUACUGCAAGGGCGCCCCCGAGGUUAUGCCGGAGAUCUGUGACCCCGACUCUUUCCCAUCUGACUACGAGGACAUGCUGUCGUACUACACGCGCAACGGAUUCCGUGUCAUCGCCAUCGCCGGCAAGAGCGUCGAGGGACUGACGUGGCUCAAGGCGCAGCGCAUGCGCCGCGAGGUCGCCGAGCACGACAUGCAGUUCCUCGGCUUCAUCGUGUUUGAGAACAAGCUGAAGCCCGGCACCGCGCCGAACAUCCACACGCUCCGUGCCGCCCACAUUGCGUGCCGUAUGGUCACCGGCGACAACGUCCGCACCGCCAUCUCGGUCGCGCGUGAGUGCGGUCUCAUCUCACACUCGUCGUCCGUCUACAUUCCCACAUUUGUCCCCGGCACCGGCUGCACCGAGAACGCAUUACUGGACUGGUCCUCGGUUGACGAUGAGCGCCAGAAGCUCGACGACUACACCCUCAAGCCGAUCACGGACGACCCGAACGACGACGAGGGGCCCGAGUAUCAGCUCGCCCUCACCGGUGACGUCUUCAAGUGGAUGCUGGAGUAUGCCCCGCUUGAGACGAUGGACCGCAUGCUCGUCAAGGGUGUCAUUUUUGCGCGUAUGAGCCCCGACGAGAAGGCCGAGCUUGUCGAGCGCCUUCAGGCCCUCGGAUACACCGUCACGUUCUGUGGAGACGGCGCUAACGACUGUGGUGCGCUCAAGGCUGCCGACGUCGGUGUGUCGCUGUCCGAGGCUGAGGCGUCCGUCGCCGCGCCGUUCACGUCCCGCACGCCUGACAUCUCUUGCGUCGUCGAGAUCAUCCGCGAAGGCCGCUGUGCUCUGGUAACCUCCUUCUCGUGCUUCAAGUACAUGGCUCUCUACUCGCUCAUCCAGUUCACAACCGUCACGCUCCUGUACUCGUUCGCCUCGUCUCUCGGCGACUUCCAGUUCCUUUACAUCGACCUGUUCAUCAUCAUCCCCAUCGCCGUCGCCAUGGGCCGUACGCUUCCGUACCCCAAGAUCUAUCCUAAGCGUCCCACCGCCUCGCUCGUUUCCAAGAAGGUUCUCACCUCCAUCAUCGGACAGACCAUUAUCAACGCCUCUAUCCAGGGCGCCGUGUUCCUCUGGGUCCGCCAGCAGCCGUGGUACACGAUGCCGCCGACCGACCGCGACAAGCUCGAGACGUUCAACUACGAGAACACGUCUCUGUUCCUGAUCUCGUGCUUCCAGUACAUCCUCGUUGCGGGCGUGUUCAGCGUCGGCCCGCCGUACCGCCAGCCGAUGUACACGAACCCGUCGCUGAUGAUCUGUCUUGUUGGUCUGCUCAGCUUCUCGACGUACAUCCUGCUCGAGCCGUCCAAGGCUAUUGCCAAGCUGCUCGAUAUCAUCGCGCUCCCGAGCAGCUUCAAGCUCCAGCUCCUCGGUAUCGCCAUUUUCAACAUUGUCGUCUGUUUCGGGUUUGAGCGGUACGCCGAGCGCCCCAUCGCGCGCGGAAUCGGGCACUUCAAGCGAUGGAUCAGGAGGCACCGCAAACGCCCACAGGAGCACCACUACAAGCCCGUCGGCGUCGAGGCCAACGACGACGACGAUUAG